AUGGACGUCAGAAGCUAUUUAAAGGCUCAUAAAUGGCAAGUAAUUUUCUUCUUCCUUUAUAACUGGGGUUGGGUCUCUGGGCAGCUUCAUUAUUCUGUUGUAGAAGAAUUAGGACCAGGGACAUUGGUGGGAAAUUUUGCUCACGAUCUGGGGUUAAGUCUUGCAGAUAUUAGUAAAAGAAAUUUGAAUUUGGGUUCUGAAGGGAGCACCAGAUUUUUUUAUGUAAACCAGAGAAUUGGAGCUUUGACUGUAAAAGAAAAGAUUGACAGAGAAAGUCUGUGUGGAUCCAGCUCAACUUGCAUAUUACAUUUAGAAUUAAUUGCAGAAAAUCCAUUAGAACUAUUCAGUAUUGAAGUUGAAAUUUUAGAUGUAAAUGAUAAUUCCCCCACAUUUUCAGCCAAUAACCAAACUUUAAAAUUUAUAGAGCAAGGGGCUAAUCCUGGAAUGCGAUUCCCAUUAAAAUUUGCAAAUGAUCCGGAUAUAGGUGUCAACAGUAUAACACAGUACAGGUUGAAUCCAAAUCCAUAUUUUUCUUUGUCUGUAAAAAAUCGCAAAGAUGGCGUACUUGUUCCUGAAUUGGUGCUAGAAAAAAUGUUAGAUAGGGAAGAAAAAAAAGAACAUACAUUAAUUCUUACUGCUGUAGAUGGAGGAGAAUUUCCAAGGACAGGAUCUACUGAGGUAAUAAUUACUGUUUAUGAUAUUAAUGAUAAUGCACCAGUAUUUGAUCAAUCAACAUACAAGAUUAAUGUAUUGGAAAAUCUCCCUUUAAAAACAGUUAUUAUAAAAUUGAAUGCUACAGAUCUGGAUGAAGGCUUAAAUAGUGAAAUCCAGUAUUCUUUUGAUCACCAUACAGCAGAUACAACAAAAAAGAUAUUUAAUUUAAAUCCAGAAACAGGAGAAAUAUAUAUUAAAUGGAAUUUGGACUUUGAAGAGUCACAUUUUUAUGAAUUUACUGUGAGAGCAACCGACAAGGGAAUACCUGAACUGGAAGGGCAUUGUCUUAUUCAUAUUGAAGUACAAGAUACAAAUGAUAAUACUCCAGAAAUUAUAUUUACAUCAAAGACAAACAAUGUGCCAGAAAAUGCACCACUUGGAACUGUAGUUGGGUUUAUAACUGUAAAAGAUAAAGAUUCAGGGAGAAAUGGAGAAAUUAAAUUGGAUGUAUCACCAAAUUUACCUUUUAAAUGCCAGUCCUUUAAAAAUCGAUAUUCUUUGGUUACCAGUGGAUAUCUAGACAGAGAGAAGGUCUCACAAUAUACUAUUCUACUGACUGCCUCUGAUUUAGGUUCUCCUUCUUUACACAAUCAGACUACAGUCAUCCUUAAUAUUUCAGAUGUUAAUGAUAAUCCUCCAGCAUUUCUACAAUCUGUUUACAAUGCUUUUGUUGGUGAGAACAAUGAGCCUGGUAGAUUUUUGUGUACUGUAGCUGCUUUUGAUCCAGAUGAAGGAGUUAAUUCAAACCUUAUUUACUCUAUAGCUGACAGUCAAAUAGAUGGUUCUGCUGUCUCUUCUUUUGUAUACAUUAACUCUCACAAUGGUAAUAUUUAUGCUCAACGUUCUUUUGACUAUGAGCAGAUUCAGGUUUUACAAAUUACUGUAAAAGUGGAAGAUUCUGGAAUUCCAAAAUUAUUCUCUAAUGUUUCAAUGUAUAUAUUCAUUUUGGAUACAAAUGAUAACACCCCAACUAUAUUACAUCCAGAAUAUUCAAAGGAACUUAUUGUGCAAGAAAAAAUUGCAAGAUCAGUAUCUGCUGGUUAUUUGGUCACAAAAGUAUCUGCAGUGGAUCAGGACUCGGGUCACAAUGCAUGGCUUGUAUAUAGUCUCCUUGAAUUAGCCAGUAACAGUUUAUUUCACAUCUCAGCAUACACAGGAGAAAUCAGAACUGUACGCGAUAUCCAUGAGGCAGAUAAUAAUGAGCAGCAGCUUAUUGUUUUAGUUAGUGACCAUGGAGAGCCAUCCUUGUCAACUACAGUCAGCAUAUCUGUAUAUAUAGUAGACAACAUAGUACAAGAAAUUACAAAAUCACAAGAUUUUCUAACAAAUUCUAAACCCACACCAGACUUGACAUUAUACUUAAUAAUUUCAUUAGUGGCAAUCAGUUUAGUUUCAAUUGUGACUUUCAUCAUAUUACUUGUGAAAUGCCUAAGAAGUGGAAAUUAUGAGGACAAUUGUGGUGUUUGUUUUCUGAGCAAUUCCCAUUCCAAGCAGUAUGCAGGAGAGUAUCAGCCAAAGCUUUUCUUAAACACAGAUGGGACGCUAAAAUUUAUGGAAGUGAGGAUGGCACCUGCAGAACCUCAAGGACAAUGCUAUCAGGCGUGUUUUAACUCAGCAGUUGAAAGAAAUGACUUCAACUUCAUGAAGCCAUUUAAUCUGAAUGAUCUGACAAAUGAGAAAGAUGGAUCCUCUAAAACAAACGAUUCAUCUGAACCAAACCAGGUGAGAUGGCAAUAG